GCGUGGAUGAAAAUAACCAAGUCUUUAUAAAUGAGAAGCUCCGAAAGUGUGUUCAAGUGACACAGAACAAAUUAAUCGAAUAUCCAGAAAAGGACAAGAUAAAUUACUUUAAUACAUCAAAUUCAGACCACAUAAUCCAACAGAAAUGGAGACCAUGCACGAAAUCAUCCCUUUCGCCAAGGAGAUGCUGGCGCAAAAGCCUAGCCGCCGUAUGCUGAAGGUGUACCUUGUGGGCACCGUGGUGGCCUUCUUGGGCAUAGUUCUGGGCCUGGUGGAAACCGUCUGCCAGUCCUUCUCCUCCGGAGAGCCGCUGGACGCAGAGCUCGUUCAGUUGAUGGCUCGGGAGCAGAGGGCACUCGAGACGGAGGAGAGAAGGAGACAGGAGGAGGUGGCAACAGUUUCGGCCCCAGAGCAGAUCACCAUACCCAGGAAGCUACAGCAGGCCACGGGAGCGCAUAGAAGCGCAGGUGCAGCCAACCGACUGCACGCCUCGUAAAAACCG